AUGCAAAAAUGCAACGCAUCGUAUAUUGGAGAGACCGGAAGGCGAAUCUGGGUCCGCCUUAGUGAACACCAGAAAGAUAACAUUGCGUUAGGAAAGCCAACGUCACAAAGUACUGAGUAUGGCGGCUGGAUUGCUGACAAAGCAGUAGAUGGUAUAAUAGGGAAAGAUGUGAGACCUCAUGGAGGAGGAAGCUGUAGUGCUACCAACCCGACCGGAUCACGGGAUGCAUGGUGGAGAGUUGACCUACAACAAAUGUCAAGGAUAAAAACUAUCAAUAUCACGUACAGACAGUUGUAUCCCUUUCGCCUCUCUGGAUUCUAUCUUUACGUUUCCAAUACGACUGAUGUGGACAAUCUACAGUACACCGGACAUCUGUGUUACCAUGACGACACAAAGGAUCCGGAUCUUCCGUUAUUUAACCAAUCUCGUUCUUGUCCUGUUGACGGAAAAUAUGUCAUAUUCUACAACAGACGUCCCGCUGAUAAUGGACCUAAGUCUCAUCUAUACUACUCGACAACAGACGCUGUUGUUGAAUUAUGUGAGGUGCAGGUGUUUGGAUGUCCGUUAAAUCGUUUUGGAAUCAACUGUGUGAGCACUUGUCACUGUGGCAUUGGUGGUUGUAAUCCUGAUACCGGACUGUGUGACGUCACAGGAUGUCAUAGUGGAUGGAUUGGGCCAACCUGCUCAGAAGAAUGUAGGAGUGACACGUUUGGCAUGAACUGUAACCAGACACGUCAUUGUUCCACAACCGGAUGUGAUAGCAGUAACGGAAGUUGUAUAGUGCCAGGAUGUGAGACCGGAUGGCAAGGGAAUGUCUGUAAUGAGGAGUGCGGGGCUUACAGAUUUGGCGAGAACUGUUUGCAGACAUGUCACUGUGCUUUACCGGGAUGUGACCGAUUCAGCGGGAGCUGUACACACCCAGGAUGUGAAUUUGGUUGGACAGGAUUAGCUUGUAAUAAUGCCUGUCCCACUGGACACUUUGGAAGGGAUUGUAAGGAGACAUGUCACUGUGCUAUUCCUGGAUGUAACAGAUUCAGUGGAAUAUGUAUCCUUGCCGGAUGUGACGCAGGAUGGGAAGGUCCGGCUUGUGACAAAUCAUGCGGCAUUGGUAAAUAUGGCAUGGACUGUAAAUACACGUGCAACUGCGCUUCUCCCGGAUGUGACGUGAUCACUGGUACUUGUACUGUGCCCGGAUGUGAAGUUGCAUGGGAAGGUUCGACUUGUGAUAUAGCUUGCAGCAUCAGUUCAUUUGGUAGUAAUUGUACCGAACCAGGAUGUGACAAAUUCACCGGAUCAUGUAACGUAUCUGGGUGUAAUGUAAGAUGGACAGGUUCGUCAUGUGAUCAAGUAGCGGUUAAAACAAACAGUAAAGAUAACCUGAUCAGUGGUGAGAAAUCAGGAUCCACUGCUUUGGUAGGUUACGCACUGCUUGGAUCAUUGCUGUUUAUUUCCAUCGGGUUCAACAUUGGAUUUAUAAUUGAUCGUCUAAGAACCAAAAGGAAAAAGUCAAAACAUCUACAAUCUGACAACGCAAUGCAUUACCAGAAUACGGUGAAUGUCAAUGAAAACUACGACAUUCUUGACACAUCUAAAGUUGAACAUACUCACAACAUUUAUGACACCGGGGCCAAGUAGUGUGGCUAAAACGGCAAAGAGAUAAUAUUUACAGACAUAUAAUUGAUCAGCUACUUUCUACGUGUGUGAUAUAUGUGAGAACAACUGACGCAUUCAAACGUGAUAAUUUAGGUCACAUCAAGCAUGCGUUGUACAUAAAUAUUGGUUAACUUAUAAUACUAGCAUAAUACAUAUAAUAUAUGACUCGGGAACAAUUCUGUCGUCCACAACACUUCUGUAUUGAUCAGGAAUAAGUCGACUUAACAAAACUACGCCAUUCAUCUAAGACAUACAUCUGAAGAAAAAAAUCCUAUCUACAAGAAACAGCGCUAAACCUUUGCACUGGGAAUUCAAGAAAUCUCCUAACUGCGGCGAGAUCAUACAACUUCAGUAACAUGAGAUACAUAAAUACAUGUAUGUAAUGUUGUUCAGUGUUAAUUUUAAUAUACUGAUGAAAUAAAGCAAAUAUCAGAACAUCCGGCGAUUACCUUCGGCUACAAAAUAUCUUUUAAGUUAAUGUGGAUAGUGAUAUAGUGAUGUAGUGAUGACGAAGUGCCAUGACCUUCUCGAAAACAUUCAUAAAAAUAUAUUGAAAUAGCAAAUAAACACCGUGUUUUGAGAUAGAGGUCAAAAUGUACGAAGUAACAGGAGCAACAUAAAACAAUGUUGUUAACUAUUAUAAUUCAGUUAGAUGAUAUUUAAUUUGCGUUUGUAUUAAUUGUCGAUAAAAGUUGCAU